UCAGCAUCAGCAUCCCCGUUAAUUACUCGAUCAAUAACUAAUCACCCUCGUCCGGCAUAUCUUUUUCCACACGGAAAUAGAGGGAGAGAAAAGCAAAGGAAACAGGUUGUGUGGGGCGCGAGGCGGAGGAACACGAGCAGAGCAGGGAAACUACCGGAAGGGAUCGGAGAAAUUCGUGGGAGAGGGGAGUCGAGUUGAGGAGGCCCUCUCCUCUCCGAAUCCCUAAAUUUCCUAGACGCGGGGCGCCGAAUCGGGAGCUCGAAUCCAAAUCCGGGAGAGUCCACCCUCCCUCCACUGGUCUUUAUCCGCAAUUCUUUUGGUUUCGGUUCGUGCUGUAAUAAAACCCUACCCGUGUUAGCUAUCCAUCCACCAUCCAGCCCCCCUUCGAAUCUCGGAACUCCUAUCCCCGAAUUCUGCUGCCUCUUCCAGAGUCCAGAGUCCAGAAUUUGCCCGUUACGUUGCGCCGGAGGAAGGGGGAUCGCGGAGCACCGUUCGGGAUGGCCGCCCCCGCCGCCGCCGCGUAGGAUGGAGCUCGAUUCCUCCGGCGGCUACUCGGCUGCUCCCGCGGGUGCUGUGAUCGUCGCUAUUGGGGUUGGCUUUGGUGUCGGGGGUGCGUGGUGGUGGACAUCGGGUACGAGAUCUCCCCGCGCAGCAACAGAAGCUUCGCGAUAGCUGGCGCGUAUGGAGGCGAGCGCCAGGCAGGAGGACGCGGCGCCGCCGUGGAUGCCCAGCGAGACCUCGGCGUUCCGGCCUUUCGUGGGUUCCGCGGAGGCGUCCCCAUCGGCCUCGGGCAAUGGUGUUGCCCCCCACAUAAGCAACCUUCAUGGUGUUAAGAGGAAACCGUCUGUUGCAAAAUUAACAUCAGACAUAGUUCGAACUUUUGAAAGAUGUGACCCUCGGUUUAAGUACUCAGAAGCGCUAAACCCAAAGCGCUUUCUCACCCAUCCUUCAACGCCAGCUCACAAUGAUGGAGCUGACAAUUCAAACUGGGAUCUCAUAUUGUAUGUCAACCUGGAAUUGGUCAACACGACAUCAAAGCGAAGGUUCAUUGUCAAGGAAAUGCUUGGCCAAGGUACGUUUGGCCAAGUUGUCAAAUGCUGGGACACAGAAACCAGUGACUAUGUCGCUGUGAAGGUUAUAAAAAACCAACCUGCGUUUUAUCAACAGGCGAUCACCGAGGUCUCACUGUUGAGAACGCUAAAUCAGGAUUUUGAUCCUGAUGAUCGGCAUAACAUUGUUCGAAUGCUCGAUUAUCUCUCAUUUCAAAAUCACCUGUGUAUUGCCUUUGAGAUGCUUGGUCAAAACCUGUACGAGCUGUUGAAAAGGAAUCAUUUAAGAGGCCUGAAUGUGAAAUAUGUACAUGCCUUCUCCAAACAGAUAUUGGAUGCAAUGAUUGUGAUGAGAGAUGGCGGCAUCAUUCACUGUGAUCUAAAACCUGAAAAUAUCCUCUUAGCUCCAACUGUCAAGACAGCUGCAGCAGUGAAAGUUAUUGAUUUUGGAUCAGCAUGCAUGGAGGGUAAAACAGUGUACGCAUACAUUCAGAGCCGCUAUUACAGAUCUCCAGAAGUUCUCAUUGGCUAUCCAUACACUACUGCGAUUGAUAUGUGGUCAUUCGGUUGCAUAGUUGCCGAACUGUUUAUAGGAUUACCCUUAUUUCCUGGAGCAUCAGAAUAUGAUGUGCUUAAGCGUAUGCUGAAGAUUCUCGGGGGGCAACCAUCAGAUGACUUGCUAAGGGAAGCUAAAAAUACUGGACGGUUUUUUAAACAUGUUGGGCAUAUUUAUCUGGGUAGCAGGGCACACGAAGGCCUUGGCAGUGCAUACAAAAUGUUAAGUGAAGAAGAGGUCGAGGGAAGGGAGUCCAAUAGGCCAAAAUUAGGGAAAUGGUACUUCCCACAACUAAGGCUGGACCAGCUAUUAUAUACCUAUCCUUGGGAUAAUACAGAAUUGUCAGACACAGAAAAAGCAGAUCGCACAGUAUUAGUUGAUUUCUUGAGGGGACUUCUUGAAUUUGACCCAAAUAAGCGAUGGUCGCCAUUGCAGGCAUCAGGCCAUCCAUUCAUUACAGGUGAACCUUUCACUGGUCCAUAUGAGCCUGUCCCAGAGACUCCAAGAAUUCCUGUUGCUCGUGCUGCAGCUGUUGAUCACAAUCCAGGAGGCGGCCACUGGUUAGUUGCAGGUCUUUCCCCCCAGGUUGGAAGUGCGAACAGAUGUCUACCUCUUAACCCCUAUCCUCAACAAAUGCCUUUUUCCUAUGGGAGUAGUUAUGGAAGCUUUGGUAGCCAUGGCAGCUAUGCUGGGAAUGCCGGUCAUGCUAGCAGUUAUGGAAGCUAUGGUGAUGUUAAUAAUGUCAACAUGUAUUACUCUCCAUUAGGGCCUUCUGGAUUUUCACAUGUUGGCUCUAGUCCAGAUAUUAGACUGAGACCUCGUAUCUCAUAUGAUAGAGGCAUUCGAUUAAGCCCUGGAAGUAUGGGGCCUAUGUCUCUCGGUGCCAGUCCAUCACAAUUUACCCCUCCAAACUACCAGAUGCAAAUCCCAGCUAAUUCUACUGGGAAGCAUGGUUCUGGUUCUCCUGCGACUGGAAGCAUUCAUGGCUCCCCAUUGGGAAAAGCUACACUAACAGGCCAAUACAGCAAGAGGAAGAGCUUGCCGAUGCUACCACGUGAAUAUACAUCUCAGCAUGGACAAGGACGACAUGGAGAUGGUGUCAGUUUUAGUCAUUCUGAUGCCUAUGUUCGAGGACAUGCUGGCUACUCUCAGCAUGCAUUACCUAGUUCUGGUCAUUCUAGUUGGAGACCUCAAAUAGGUUCUGGAAGUGGUUUUUCCUUGGAGGCUUCUUCUAGUCAUGGACCUUCUCAAGCAUUCCAUUCGCAUAAUGCUCCUACUUUACCCUCAUUUGACACUAUACCAGAUACAUCAGCUCCAUCAACACUUGAUCCUGCUGAUUGGGACCCUAAUUAUAGUGACGAGUCACUAUUGCAAGAAGACAAUUCACUGUCAGCUGAUUUAAGCAGCAGCCUUCAUCUUAGAGAUGCUGCAACCGGUCAGCCCAGUGGAUCUGCCAGAUCAGGCCAUGUCCAGAGCCACAACUUCGCAAGCUCAAACCCUUUGCCAACAAGCCAAAGCUACAGAGCUGAUCAACAAUUUCAUUCAUCCUCCCUCCGAGGGGGCACUCGUCCUACUGUUCCAAUCACCUAUGGUGGUUACAACGCACCGAGUUAUCCUCAGCAAAAUCACCGCAGUCGGCAUGGCCAGCAAUUUCACCAGCAAAGAUACAACCAGUCAACUAACAGUCAAAUGCGACCGCCAGUGGGGAGUCACCAAAGUGGGCAGCCUGCGUGGCCUCCCUAUGGCGUGGGUGAUGGAGUGCCCUGGGGUGGAACUGGUGUGCAUCCAUUUACGACUAGCGGGCUACCGUCAUCGCUUCGGAGAAAAGAUUACGGGAGCAUAUUCUAGUGUGGACCCAGAGGAAUGCCUUUCAUUUGCCGGCAUAAAAUAUUUGUACUGGCGAAAUCAGAGUUGUGAUGCUUCCGCUUUUGAUUUAUUUAUUUUCCCUGUGAUGUUAUUGCGUUUGGGUCCUCCAUUGUGAAGACAGACUCCCAACUAAAUGAUAUAUGAAUACCGUCGGUCGUUAUAGGAGUCUCAGUGUUUGCUUACUGGAACUUCGGAAGCCUGGGAAUUCCCGGAGUUACAAGAUUUCUUUAGAUUUCAUUGUUUAUCUCUGUUAUACUUGUUGUAAUGUAUUGCCUUGGUUAUUGCACACAUGUACUUCGAAAAUUUCCCCUGAUGCAUGCAGAAAUUGAGUA